AUGUCAUCUGACGGCAUCCUCACUGUUACUGUACCAAAGACAACAUCGGGAUCGAAGGCCAGUGCGGUUUCUGAAGCGUCAACAUCUCAGGUUUCCCAGACUUCAUCUCAAAACACAGACGAAAAACAAACUCUCACAAAGGUAUCCAAAUCAGAACAGCAGAGUUUUCGUUCCGAGCAUCAGAAUACAUCUACCAGAAGGACUGAAGCGACAUCGUCACUCGCAAACAAAAUUACAAGUGAGGAAAACCAAGAAGGCGCCAAUAGUAGAAUCUGUGAAAGCGGGAGCUCGCUUCUAGAAAGCACACAGUCAAGCAAGGACGCAGUGGACGACCAGUGGCUUCCCAUCUCCUCGAAGGGUCAGUUCUUCUCUGAUUCCUUCUUCGAAGACGUCCGUAAGGACUUCGAAACGGCUGUCAAUGAAGUCCUCAGCAGGCAUGACAUCAUGAGGAGUGCCAACGACGAACUCUCCUGCUACCGAAGUCUCCGGGAACGUGAGCUCAAGGAUGAGACUCAGGCGAUGAAGACCACGGAAGAUCAACACGGAUUUAAGUUGCUUAAAUUAGGUGGUGUUGGACGUCCACGACUUCAUGAACGAAGGUCAGUGAAGGUGGUGGACAACAAGGAGGUGGUGGUGGAAGGUCGUGCGGAGAAGAAUGACGGAACGUUGAGGUCAAGCAAGAGCUUCUGUCGACGCUUCACUCUUCCUGGCGCAGUGGACAUGAAUGCUGUCACCUCAGCCAUGUCCUCCGACGGUGUCCUCACCAUCACUGCGCCCAAGGUUUAA